GGAGGAAUAGUGCCCCAUCAUUAGUGUCAGUGUGUCAGUGGGAGGAAUAGUGCCCCAUCAUUGGUAUCAGUGGGAGGAAUAGUGCCCCAUCAUUGGUAUCAGUGGGAGCAAUAUGGGAGGAAUAAUGCCCCAUCAUUGGUAUCAGUGACACCAAUGAUGGGGCACUAUUCCUCCCAAUGACACUUGCUGACCACUGUUCAGUAUGGUGCUGCUGCAGCCAGCAUAUAUGGUUGCAGCAGCACCUGUGCACGGCACACUUACCUUCACUUGAUUUUUGUGGGGGGGCCGCUCGGCUCCGCCUCCUCGCCGGUGAUUGGCCGCCUGUGUGCCUUUCCUGAGCUACAGUUCUGGCGGCCAAUCACUGGUGAGGAGGCGGAGCCGAGCAGCCGCA